AUGUGCAUGCAUAAAGUGUUGUUGGAGGAAGAUGCUAAACCAACUAGGGAAGCUCAAAGGAGGUUGAAUCCGCAUUUGCAAGAGGUGGUGAGAGUUGAGGUGUUAAAAUUACUUGACGCUAGGAUCAUUUAUCCUAUUUUAGACAACAAGUGGGUGAGUCCAGUUCAUGUGGUACCAAAGAAGUCGGGCAUUAUUGUGGUGUUUAUGGAUGAUUUUUCUGUUUUUGGGUCGUCAUUUGAUAAAUUCCUUGAUAAUUUAACUUUGGUUUUGAAAAGAUGUGUUGAAACGAAUUUGACAUUAAGUUGGGAAAAAAGUCAUUUCAUGGUGAAGCAAGGAAUUGUUUUAUGGCAUGUGGUAACUAGUAGAGGUAUUGAAGUAGACAAAGCUAAGGUUGACUUGAUUGCUAAAUUGCCACCACCCACAUCUGUGAAGGAUGUACGAAAUUUUCUUGGUCAUGCAGAGUUUGAUUUGACUAUCAAGGAUAAGAAGGGAAGUGAGAAUGUAGUGGUUAAUCACUUGUCUAGACUUAUAAAGACAGCAAGCCAAGAAGAGCAUAAUCAAGAUGGGGAAUAUCCCCUCAUUGAGAACUUCCUUGAUGAACAACUUGUUUCCAUCCUUGGAAAAGAACCUUGGUAUGUUGACAUUGUGAAUUAUCUUGCAUGUGGUAUGAUCGACCCGGAUUUGACCUUGCAGGAAAAGAAGAAAUUCUUUUCCAUUGUUAAGCAUUACUUCUGGGAUGAUCCUUAUUUGUUUAAAAGAUGUGAUCAUUGCCAACGGACAGGGAAUAUUGGCAAGAGAGAUGAGAUGCCACUCACGACAUUUAUGCCGGUUCAAUCGUUUGAUGUGUGGGGCAUCAACUUUAUGGGUCCGUUUCCUAACUCUUUUGGUUAUACUUAUAUACUUUCCAUAGUUGAUUAUGUUUCAAAAUGGAUUAAGGCGAUUGCCAUAAAGACUAAUGAUAGUGAGGUUGUACUCAGUUUUCUUAAACACUUUAUUUUUACCAGUUACGGUACCCCUAGAACUAUUAUUAGUGAUGGGGGGAGUCACUUUUGUAACAAGUCUUUUGCAACAUUGUUGAAGAAUGUGGCAACUCCGUAUCAUCCUCAGAGUUCAGGGCAAGUAGAAGUAAGUAACAAGCAAAUCAAGGCCAUUUUAGAGAACCGUUUGCAUAUCAAGGAAAGAUUGGGCAAUGAAACUGAAUGA